UAUGCCUCCCCGGGACAAUAUGGGGAGUCAGCGCGGAACAACACCCCGCCGUCCUUGGGACGGGUCGAGGCCCGGCGGUAUGGGUAUCUUCAAGGUGCGGGUGUCGUUGCCACCCCUAUCUAUGGCGCGGACCCGUAUGCGCCAUAUCAGAUCAUGGCGCAUUACACUUACUAUGGUUUACCUCUUCUUUUCCGUAGGCUAUCAUUCGCCACCGAUGGACCCCAUGGCAUCACUGCCGCGAUACGAUGUCACUCCGGAAGCUGUGGUCAGUGCGAUAGUUUUGUGAAGUGA